AGUUUUUUUUUCUUGGUAUGUGUGCGAAGGAGCUCUUUCUUUACGAGAGCAACAUGUGAAAUCGUUUUCUUCUUCCACUGUACCAAAAAUACUCUUCAAUUUUUUCGCGUCGUUGACUCUUCUAUAGUUUUAGUUACCGGAUGCCACCAAGGCGUGCGUGAGUGUUUGUGUCUACUUCUCGUAGGCUCUCCCUUCCCCCUUAUAUUCAUGUCUUUUUUCUUUGUGAAUAUCCUCUAGGUUAACACUUCUUUGGUGGUCUGUAUUAAAUAUCGUUGUUAUCAAAACGCUUAUUUCUUCACUGCGUAAGGAACUCAAAAAGGAAAAAAAAAGGAGGAAACGAAACGGCUCUUUGCACCGUAGCGGGUUGUAAUGUUGUCGAGCCCAAAGCUACAUGAGAGCGUGUUCAGCAGCGGGUCGGAGUUUCGUGACGGCGACAGCAAGUUGGGGUCAAGAUUCGUUUUUUCAGCUGCGGCGGACGAUGACGUGAACGUGGAAAGAGAUGCGUCCGCGAUGUCGGUGUGGAGGCGGCUUGCCCACGUUGAGUUGACCGCCCUCAUCACCGUGGCGCUUCUCUACGGCAUCGCGCUUGUGUCGACGUGGCUCUUGUCGCUGGUGGUUCGCGUUCACGUCCACCAGUUUCCAUCUGGGGCCCUCACGCCAAUGCAGCUCACCGCCUUCACGUUGUGCUUCUUUUCCAUCGGGCUGCACGUGUCAAACUUUAUUUUCACCUGGCUUCGGUGCACCCGUGACGCGGUCGCGGCAACGCGCGCAGCGUGCGAAGUCAGCGUCUACCUGCUGCUCUUCUUCGUCUGUGAUCGCACUGCCUUGCUGCCUCGGCGACCCUGCGUGGGCAGUGCAGACUUCUUUUUGUUCCUCAUUUUCGCCUUCGUCUGUGCAGCGCUGGCCACGGCGCGGCGCAUCCGUCUUUCCUCGCAUGCCGAAGUCGAGCACGCGCGCGCCGGUUUGCUGCCGUCAGCAGCAACACCAACACCAUCAACAGGGCCGGAGUUGCAGGCGUCCGAGGCGCUGCUGAACCACCACCAUGUGGAGGAGUGGCUGGGGUGGGUGCUGGUGCUCUACGUCAUGUACGGCUACUUCCACAACGUGCACAUCAAUGUCCUGGUGCGCGUAUGCGUGUCGUGCUUCGCUUUUUUGACGGCCUUUACGAGCUACGUGCGCUACGAUAGCGAGCUACCGCAGCAGCAGUCCGCUGUCCUUCUCCUGCGGUCGUUGUGGAAGAUGAACUUCCUUGCGGUAGUCACGUGCGCGUUGAUGGGCAACCAGUAUAUGCUGUACCCCAUCUGCGCCGUUCAGUCCUUCGUGAUGGCCGCGGUGCACCUGAUGAUGAGCGUGGGGCCGUUGAUGCGGAGCGGCAGCCGCGUUGUAGGGAUGAAAAUCGGCGCGGUCGUGGUGUUGGGAUGUGUCUUGUGGGAUACCCCGUUCUCGCCGGAAGUGUUCCGUCUCUUCUGGAGUCCACUCUACUGGCUUGUCCGCUACGACAACCCCGUCGUGGGUGUAGAUCCGCUCGAUGAGUGGCAGUUUCGCAGCAGGUUAGACCACUGGAUUUGGCUGGUGGGCGUGCUGGUGGCGAACCGCGCCUCGUUCUUGAACGGGCUGCUGCGUCGUCUAGACAACCAGCGACCAGUUGGAACAGUCAUAAAGUGUGCCGUCGCUGCUGCAGCGGCAUCCGUCAUAGCUGUGUACGCGUAUGUCGCUCUGAAGACCAGGGCGGUUGACUACGAUAGGUAUGUGCCCUAUUUCUCCUGGGCUCCUAUAUUGGCCUUUGUGGCGCUGCGCUGCGUUUUUCGCACGGUGCGGUGCUUCUACCUGCCCCUGUGCACGUUUUUUGGUGCCUUUGCCGUUGAGGCAUACGUGGCGCACAACCACGUGUUUCUGGCCACGACGGGUCUCAACGGCGGACCGCUGUACACGCUACACCUGCUCCCUGGCGAUCACCCCCUGUGUGACUUCGGCGUCUUCGCGCUGCUGCUGCUCUGCGUCUCGUACCGACUCUCGAUAGCGACGCCACGGCUGCGGCAGUUUAUGCUGCCCUUCAACGCCUCUCUCCUCACCGUCCUGGAGAACCUUGUGAUCCUCGUGCUCGUAGUGAUGUGCACGUACCUGCUGCAGUAUUUGUGGUACUCGCAGAACGUCAGAGCGACCACCUACUGA